UCCGUCUGGUCCACGCCGCCCAACCAACUAACUCGAUCGCUCCGUCUCCUUCGCCCUCUUUUCCUCUCCCCCCACACCAUUUACCGUACGGCUGUUUUCGGCAUUCCUCCAUCAUGUCUACUAAGCGGUCUACUCUCGAAUUGGGCAAUGUUCUGGUGGUUGGAGGGUGCGGCUUCCUGGGGUGGCAUAUUGUGGACCAAUUACUCAAUUUCCCCUCGGAAACCGAUCCCAGUGUCGCACUUCCCAAGCCGCAAGAUGAUACUAGAUUCGACUACCCCAAGCUGGGUGAUCGAUACCCUCGAUGCAUAGCAAAAGUCUCCGUUGUUGACCUCCGGACAACGAACAAUCGUCUUCCUGGAGCCGAGUACUACGAUGGAGACAUCACCUCUGUCGAGUCCAUGCUGUCCGUUUUCCGCGCCGUCAAGCCGGACGUCGUCAUUCACACCGCUACCGCGAACGUGUUGGAAGGGAACAAGCCGUUACUGCGCAAGGUCAAUGUCGAUGGGACCAAGACAUUGCUGGAGGUUGCGGGUGGUGAGCGUGGCGACUGGGGCGGAAAGUGCAAGGCGUUUGUUUACACGAGUUCGAGUUCCGUGGUCCAUGAUACGCAGAGUGACCUGAUCAAUGUCACGGAAGAAUGGCCACUUAUCAGGGGACCAUUGCAGCUGGAGUACUAUUCAGAAACCAAGGCCGACGCCGAAGAAAUCGCCUUGAAGUACAACCGCGCCUCGCCCUCUGGAAUGGUCACCUGUGCUGUUCGCCCCGCUGGCAUCUACGGUGAGAAGGACACGACAUUCACAUUCAAGAUCCUGGAACACGCUGCCAAGGCUUCGCCAACCGUCCUCCGAAUGCAGUUGGGAGACAACAACAACCUGUUCGACUUCACAUACGUGGGCAAUGUCGCCUACUCGCACACCCUCGCUGCGUACCGCUUGCUUGCGACUCAUGCGCGCUACGAGGCUGGACAGGGUGGACCCCUGGAUCAUGAGCGGGUGGAUGGAGAAGCGUUCAAUAUCACCAACGACUCGCCGGUCUAUUUCUGGGAUAUGACCCAUGCUGCCUGGGCUCUCACUGGCAAGGUGGUAGAGCCCCAUCAGGUGUGGGAGCUCCCAGAGAGUGCUCUCGGCCCCAUCGGCGGGAUUGCAGAGACGGUCCUCGGGCUCUUUGGUAAGACUCCCCGACUGACCAGACGUAUGGUGCGCUAUUCGUGCAUGACACGUUACUAUUCGUGUGACAAGGCCAAGUACCGCCUGGGAUACAGAGCCAUUGUUCCGGUUGACGAGGGUCUUGCUCGCGCAGUCGGAUAUGUUGUCGAGAGGGAGCGACUUGAGGGGCAGAAGAAGGCGCUGUGAUCGGGUCAUCGAGUCUAUGUAAUAUACGUUCUGAUUUUCUCCUACAAAUCGCUUGAUCUUAGUUGGACCCUGUCCGUAAUUAUUAAUGCAUGAAAACAGGCUGGUCUUUAUCUCAAUCUCAGCAAUAGUCGAAAUCUACUGAGAGAAC